AUGCGACGGAGCCCGUGGCGGCUAGGGCCCCGUCGGGGCUCCGGCGGAGCCCGUGCAGGCGGCGGUCCCCCGCAUCGUCACCACCUGGGCCCGACCACCGUGGCGCCGCCCGUGUACGUGACCCCGCGCGCCCCGCAGCCAGUGGAAGCGGUCCAGGCGCCCGUGGAGCCCGUGGGGGCGCCGGUGGAGCCAGUGCACGCCGCGCCGGGGCCGCUUGAGGCAGCCCAGGCGCCCGUGGAGCCCGUCGGGGCUCCGGCGGAGCCCGUGCAGGCGGCGGUCCCCCGCAUCGUCACCACCCUGGGCCCGACCACCGUGGCGCCGCCCGUGUACGUGACCCCGCGCGCCCCGCAGCCAGUGGAAGCGGUCCAGGCGCCCGUGGAGCCCGUGGGGGCGCCGGUGGAGCCAGUGCACGCCGCGCCGGGGCCGCUUGAGGCAGCCCAGGCGCCCGUGGAGCCCGUCGGGGCUCCGGCGGAGCCCGUGCAGGCGGCGGUCCCCCGCAUCGUCACCACCCUGGGCCCGACCACCGUGGCGCCGCCCGUGUACGUGACCCCGCGCGCCCCGCAGCCAGUGGAAGCGGUCCAGGCGCCCGUGGAGCCCGUGGGGGCGCCGGUGGAGCCAGUGCACGCCGCGCCGGGGCCGCUUGAGGCAGCCCAGGCGCCCGUGGAGCCCGUCGGGGCUCCGGCGGAGCCCGCGUAUGCGGCGCCACAGGUCGAGGUGCGGGAGAUCAUCAAGGAGGUUCCAGUCGUCACCAUCCGCACCGUGGAGAGGAUCGAGGAGGUGCCCCAAAUCCAGAUCCAGGAGGUGAUACGGGAGGUGCCCACGGUGCAGGAGGUAGAGGUGAUCAAACAAGUGGUUGUCCCGCAGAUUCAGGAGGUCAUCAAGGUGGUCCAUGUGCCGCAUGUCCAGACCGUCGAGAAGAUCGUCGAGGUUCCACACAUCCGACGCACCACGCGGGAAGUGGAGGUGCCGCAGAUCGAGACUCGCGAGGUCAUCAAGCAGGUGUUCAAAGAGGAGGUGCGCGAGGUUGUCAGGGAGGUCCCCAAGGUUGAGGUGCAGACCGUUGAGAAGAUCGUCGAGGUCCCGCAAGUCCAAUACCAAGAGAAGAUCGUCGAGGUCGUGGAGGAGCGGGUGGAGGAGGUGAUCAAGCAGGUGCCGACGGCGAUUGUGCAGGAAGUCGUCCGCGAGGUGCCGCGGAUCCACGUGCAGAAGGUGGAGAAGAUCGUACACGGCGCGCCUCAGGUGCAGACCGUGGAGCGAAUCGUCGAGAUCCCUCAGAUCAGGACCGUGGUCUUGCCGGCCUCGGAGCCAGCGGUCGAGCCUCUGCCGGCGCGUUCCACGACGGUCGGCAUCUAG